AGUCAUAUAAACGCAACAGUUUUUUCUCAUCACCCCUUCACUCUUCAGCUGUGGCGUCCCCCAGUUCCGCUCUAUAAUCUUCUACGGCGCUCUUCGAUGGCUGCGCUGGCCUCAUCUGAUCGCCGCUGCCGUCUCCGCCUCCGGUAGCGCUGUACUCUGCUCUUCACACGCUGUAAAAACAAUCGUCAAUUCCUUUUCUCUUAGAAAGGUCAUGCUUAGAAAGGUCAUGAGGAAAGGAAAGGGAUCUCAGACAGUUUCGUUUUAGAUCAUUAAUUACCGUUCUUAAAAAACAUCGGUGCACAAGAGGGUUUGGCUUUGUUCGUUCUCCUAUUUUUUUGGCCGUCUUUCCCGCGUGUUCCCUUCGUGGGUUAGACAUGGAGGAGAGUUUGGCGUGCAAUUGGGGUGCCUUCCGUGCCAUACUCGCCAUUCUACAGUGGUGGGGAUUCAACGUCACUGUGAUCAUAAUGAACAAGUGGAUCUUCCAGAACCUGGACUUCAAAUUUCCUCUUACGGUGUCAUGUGUUCACUUCAUAUGCUCUGCUGUUGGUGCAUAUAUUGCUAUAAGGGUUCUUAAGGUCAAGCCACUUAUCCAAGUUGAUCCUGAAGAUAGAUGGAAAAGAAUUUUUCCUAUGUCAUUUGUGUUCUGUAUAAACAUUGUUUUGGGGAAUGUAAGCCUGCGAUAUAUUCCAGUUUCUUUCAUGCAGACAAUAAAAUCAUUUACUCCUGCUACAACAGUUAUUUUGCAGUGGUUGAUAUGGAGGAAGUACUUUGAAUGGCGCAUAUGGACUUCUUUGAUUCCUAUUGUUGGGGGAAUUCUUUUAACAUCUGUAACAGAGCUCAGCUUCAAUAUUUUUGGAUUUUGUGCUGCCAUGUUUGGUUGCUUGGCUACUUCCACAAAGACAAUUCUUGCGGAGUCCCUACUUCAUGGAUAUAAGUUUGAUAGCAUAAACACGGUGUACUACAUGGCACCCUUUGCAACCAUGAUAUUAGCGCUGCCAGCGGUGGUGCUUGAAGGAAGCGGGGCAAUCAACUGGUUCUACACCCACCCAUCUAUUCAUUCGGCAAUAAUCAUUAUUCUUACCUCAGGCAUAUUAGCCUUUUGUCUCAACUUCUCAAUCUUUUAUGUGAUCCAUUCCACCAAUGCAGUCACCUUCAAUGUUGCUGGGAAUCUGAAGGUUGCCGUUGCUAUUUUGAUUUCAUGGUUAAUCUUCAGAAACCCAAUUUCUGCCAUGAAUGCUGUCGGCUGUGUUGUGACGCUCUCAGGUUGCACAUUUUAUGGGUAUGUAAGGCAUAAACUAUCUCAGCAACAGCCAGGAACACCCCGAACUCCAUGCAACCCUCGAACUAAAAUGGAGAUGCUCCCCCUUGUAACUGACAAGCAGGAUAAAGCCUAAGCUUAAGUCCCAUCUAUUACAGCGGAUGAUGACGUUACAUGAAUCAAGAUUAUAACCCAAAAUUUAAGAUGGUUGGGCAUCUCCCACCUUAUGCCUUCUGCUGUCCAAGACCAACUAAGGUUUCUUACAUUGCUUUUUAAAUGAUAUGAGAAUUGUCAUGUCGUUUUAAUACCUUUUUUCCAUAUUUAAAUUAAAAUGUUAGAUUGGUUGACGUUUCGUUGCAAGUCACAACCUCAUAUUCAUAUUGGAAUUUCAUUGAAGUGCUA